UGGGGAAUUCAAUGGUCGCCGCGACAGAGAACUUACUCCAGCUGGUUUCGGCUGUGGUGAGCUGACGUGUCUGUAAAGAAACGGAUUAUUUAUCAAAAUUUUACCGUAAUUGUGCUAAAAUGAACGCGUUUAAGCGCGACAAAAAGGAAGAUGAAGACGGAGGCAAUCCAUUUCUGAAUUUAGAGAAGACAACUGUCCUGCAGGAAGCCCGCACGUUCAACGAUACUCCCGUCAAUCCGCGAAAAUGCGCCCAUAUCCUGACAAAGAUUCUCUACCUGCUGAACCAGGGCGAACAGCUAGGUACGACCGAGGCUACGGAGGCCUUUUUCGCCAUGACCAAGCUGUUCCAGUCAAAGGAUGCAGUGCUGCGCCGCCUCGUCUACCUAGGCAUAAAGGAGCUGAGCUCUAUUGCCGAGCACGUCAUCAUGGUCAACUCGAGUCUCACCAAAGACAUGACUGGCAAGGAGGACCAGUACAGAGCUGCUGCCAUUCGAGCUCUCUGCACCAUCACCGAUGCAGCUAUGCUGGCUACCAUAGAGAGAUACAUGAAACAGGCCAUUGUGGAUCGUUCGCCUGCUGUGUCUAGUGCUGCUCUUGUGUCAUCCGUGCAUCUUACCAGUGUGUCCAGUGACGUUGCCAAGAGGUGGGCCAAUGAGGCACAGGAGGCUCUCAAUUCCGACAAUGUUAUGGUACAGUACCACGCCCUGGGUCUGUUGUAUCAAGCGAGAAAGUCGGAUAAGCACGCUGUCAUCAAGCUGGUGAAAAAGCUCAUGAGGUCCAGCCCUAAGAGUCCGUAUGCUUGUUGUUUGCUGAUAAGGAUGGCCUGUAAACUGAUCGAGGAAGUUGAUGAGAAAUCCGAAUUUUUGGAGUUCAUCGAGUGCUGCAUUCGCCACAAGUCGGAGAUGGUUGUUUAUGAAGCUGCUCAUGCUCUUGUGAAUCUUGGCAAGAGUGGCACCAGAGAAAUUGCGUCUGCCAUCAGUGUGCUACAGCUGUUUUGUAGCUCUCCCAAGCCAGCUCUUAGAUUCGCUGCUGUUCGCACCCUCAACAAGGUCGCCAUGUCUCACCCUGCCGCUGUCACCGCUUGUAAUUUGGAUCUAGAAAAUUUGAUCACUGAUUCCAAUAGAUCGAUCGCCACCUUGGCAAUUACUACUUUGCUGAAAACUGGGGCUGAAAGUUCCGUUGAUCGUCUGAUGAAACAGAUCGCAACGUUUGUGUCGGAAAUUUCUGACGAGUUCAAAGUCGUCGUCGUGCAAGCUAUCAGAGCCCUUUGCCAGAAAUUCCCUCGCAAGCACGCCACACUGAUGAACUUUCUGUCAGCAAUGUUGCGUGACGAGGGUGGUCUGGAGUACAAGGCCGCGAUCGUCGACACGAUAAUCGUGGUGAUGGAGAGUAACGCCGAUGCCAAAGAGACCGGGCUCGGUCAUCUCUGCGAAUUCAUAGAGGAUUGCGAGCACGUCUCCCUGGCUGUUCGUAUCCUCCAUCUGCUCGGCCAGGAAGGCCCGACCUCGAAGCAGCCCUCGCGCUACAUCCGUUUCAUCUACAAUCGCGUGAUCCUUGAGAGCCCCUGCGUUCGCGCCGCUGCUGUUACCGCGCUGGCUCACUUUGCCGCGGCUUGUCCAGAUCUGUUGCCCAAUAUUCUCGUGCUGCUUUCUCGAUGUCAGCUCGACUCGGAUGACGAGGUACGCGACCGGGCGACCUACUACUGCACGAUUCUGCAGCAGAAGUCGGAUCCUUCCAUCCUACCGCUUGUGCAGCCCCCUCAGCUGUCUCUGCCGAGUUUGGAAAGGGCACUACGCAAUUACGUGCACUCACCGAUGGACGAGGACUUUGACAUAUCUCAGAUUCCACCAGCCGUGGUUGUUGAAGAAACGGCACAAGAAGUACUUGCAACGGUCAGGCCGACACAGCCGCGACUAACGAGGGAAGAAAGCUACAUGGAAAAGCUUACCCAGGUACCACAGCUUGCAGCUAUCAUUCGCGACUCGACCCUGUUCAAGUCAUCACCGACGAUCGAGCUCACAGAGUCGGAGACGGAAUACAACGUCAAAUGCAUCAAACAUUUCUUUUCGGAUUUUAUUAUUUUGCAAUUCGAUUGUUUGAAUACUCUCAACGAUCAAAAACUGCAGGACGUUUGCGUCACGGUGGACGGUCAAGAUGUAUACGACGUCGUGUGCGAAGUACCGUGUCCACAUCUGCCUUACAACGAGCCAGGUUCGACUUAUACAGUAUUGAAUUUCCCAGAAGACGUUCAGUCGACGAUCAUUACGCUCCCCACGACGUUGCGGUUCAUGGCUUACGAUUGCGAUCCUGCAACUGGGAUCCCAGAUACCGAUCAAGGCUACCAAGACGAAUACAUUCUGGAAAAUUUAGAAAUAACAUUGCGAGACCAAGUGCGAAACAGCAAUACGCGCAACGUCGACUUUUCGAGCUUGUGGGAGUCCGCUGAAGCGCGCAAUUACUUCACGAACGAGCAGAUCUUCGCCCUGGGCGAAAACAUCACGAGUAUCGAGGCUGCGAUACAGAGUUUGGUGAUGUUACUGGGACUCGAGCCUGUCGAGCGAUCGGAUCGCGUAAAAUCAGGCGCCACGCAACACACCCUUCUUUUGUCCGGAGUAUUCCGUGGCGGCAAAGAAGUAUUGGCAAGGGCAAAGUUCGCGCUUACUGAACUGGUCACUAUGCAGUUCACCGUACGCUCGUCGGAUCCCGACGUCACUGAGCUCAUUACCUCCUCGGUUGGUUAAACAAAGUUUGACGAGAGAAAACAAGUGCGCCUGUGUAAUGUAUGAAGUGGAUAAUGUAAUGUUUUUUAUCAAGAGUAACGAGUAAUGCAAUCUAAGUAUAGGAUCCUCAUCAUGCGUAGAUCUUAUUGAAUUUUUAAUUAUAUUGUAUUUGCUAAAUAUGAAUGCGUUCAACUAAGUUGUAAGGUGAAUUGCUUUCAAUUGUUUUACAUGUAUGUUGAUUUUUAAAUAUUAGUUAUGAAUAAAUUCUUAUCUAAACAAUUAA